AUGAAGCUUCUCGCAAGUUCCUUGGCUUCGGUCGGGCUUGGAUCCCUUGUUCGGGAUGGACCUUGGAGUUGUGGCCAAGAGGCCAUUAACUGGCUCAACGACUGGCAUGAAGCCGCGCAGCCUUUCUAUUUGGAUGCCAUUGAAACCGAAUGGCAGUAUAACAUCAACAUCACAAGCCAAAAUGAAGAAGCUUACCAAGCCGCUGACAAGCGGUUCAAAAACUUUGUGAAGGAGUGGUCUGACAGAUCAAAAACUGAGCUUCCACCAUAUGACAUGGAUAGGACAGAGUUAGAAAAAUGCCUUGUUGAGGAGAAGUUUGACACUACUCCAGGACUUCAUGAUCAACAACCGUGGACGAUUGAUCGCCAGCAGCGAGCUAUCAUGAGGAUCCAGACUUUUAAAGUCUACCAUGAAAAGGACAUGGAUGCAUCGGCACUCGAUGACAGUCGACUAGAUGAGUAUCAGGCUCUUAUGGGAUCGAUGGUCACUCAAUACUCAACCAUGAAAGUUCGAUCGAUGGACGGACUUAGCGAUCUCGAGCUUGAUCCUGAUCUUGACGAGAUCAUGGCUCACUCAGCUGCGAACCCGUCUCAGGAGUCCUAUGAUGAACUUAAAUAUUACUGGACCAUUUGGCAUAGCAAAGUCGGCCAGGCUACUCGUGAUGAUUAUGCUAAGUUCGUCGACGUUAGCAACGAGGCCGCGGACAAAAAUGGUUAUCAUGACACAGGCGCAAGCUGGAGAGGAUGGUACGACAUGGACAUUGAUGUUCUUGUAAAGUCUAUUUGGGAAGGAGACGCUCAUAAUCGAGGACUGAAGGAACUUUACGAAAAACUUCAUGGUCAUAUUCGAUAUGUUCUCAGCCAGAAAUACGGUUCCGAAUUCGUGAAAGACGGAGAGCCCAUUCCUGCACAUAUUCUCGGAAAUAUGUGGGCUCAGUCCUGGGGCAAUCUCUACGAUCUUGUUGAGCCCUUUCCUUACGCUGGCGCUACUCCAGAUGCGACUCCGGCUCUUCAAGAUUUGUCCAUUCAGGAGAUGUAUGAAAUGGCUGAUGAUUUUUUCACCGGUUUGGGUCUCAUGCCAAUGACUGAUCAGUUUUGGGAUAAAUCUGUUCUUGAGAAGACGACCGAUACUGAGAUGGUUUGCCAUGCAUCAGCCUGGGAUUUCCAAAGUGCGCCUGGAAUCUCCACUGACGGAACAACUGGUGAUUUCCGAAUAAAGCAAUGUACCAAGAAAACUCAAUCAAACUUCGUCACUUUGCAUCACGAAAUGGGACAUAUUGAGUAUUUCCAACUUUACGCUCAUCAACCGAUCGUUUUCCGCGCCGGAGCAAAUCCUGGAUUCCACGAGGCUGUCGGCGAUACCAUCGCUCUUUCAGUCAGUACUCCAGCUCAUCUGGCGAAAGUCGACCUUCUCCCAGACUGGAAACCAGAGGACCAGACAGACGCGGCGGAAAUCAACUACUUGAUGAUGACAGCCCUCUCUAAAAUCGCCUUCCUUCCGUUUGGUCUCAUCAUGGAUUUAUUCCGAUGGGAAGUCUUCGAAAAGUCUGCGGACAAUGAUAUCACUCCUGAUGAAUACCAAGCUCUCUGGGACGAGUACCGACUAAAUUACCAAGGAGUUGUUUCUCCUGUGAAGAGAACAUCUGCUGAUUUCGACCCUGCCGCAAAGUUCCACACCUCCAACAAUGUCCCAUAUGUCCGAUAUUUCGUCUCGUUUGUCGUUCAGUUCCAGUUCUACGAGAGGCUCUGCGUCCUAGCUGGACAACCAGGGGAUAAUCAAUGCGACUUUGCUGGAAACAAAGCUGCUGGAGAAGCACUUGAAAAGCUCCUUUCUCCUGGUGGUGCUGAGCACUGGGAAGAUGUCUUAGAGGAGUUCCUUUGCACUGGGGAUCACGUGCCACAAAAUUGUGAUGGCUCCCUUAACGCGGAGGCCUUCCUUACUUACUUCAAGCCAUUGGAAGAUUGGCUUGAUCAGCAGAAGGCUCUUUACGGCUACCAAGUUGGAUGGAAUAAGGAUGGAAAAUGGAAGCCCGAAGGAUACGAUGAUGUUCCGGAAGAAUCUCCAGUUGUGACGACCACCACGACUACUACAACUUCCACGAGUAAUGCAACUCUCAUUGGCUUCACUUUUGCUUUCUUAUCUUUGCUCCUGCUCUAA